AUGGAGAAGACUGGCAAAAACCAUGAGAAAAAAUCAGACAAGGAAGAUAUUUGGGCUCUACCAGCAUAUGGCCCCUAUCUCGCAUCGGACACUGAUUUUCUCAAAGCAGCAGGGAUUAUGACCGACUAUAUCUAUGGUGAAAGCUUCAAUAACAAUGACAAGGAGAUACAGUGCGACCUCAUCACCGAAGAUGGUGGACAAGAACUUGAUCCUACGAGGCUGAGUUACAAGGAGAGGAUCCGAUGGCAUCUAAAGGAGUUCUGCUACAAAACAUCCAGUCACGGAAUUCCUAUGCUUGGCCAAGCGCCAAAUUUUGUAUAUAGACUAGCAUGGAUUAUUCUCCUAUCAGGAUGCGCAAUUAUGUUUGUUUAUCAGGCGAUAGCCGUCGUUGAUAAAUACUCAAGAAUGGACAAGAUUACUGAUAUUCAGCUGAAGUUCGACACGGCACCAUUUCCGGCUAUAACGAUUUGCAAUCUCAACCCAUAUCGUGACAGUCUUAUCAGAUCUCAAGAAAGUAUCAACAAAAUUCUAAGCGUAUUCAAAAAAAUCAUGAGAAGGGCCGGCGGUGGUAAGGAAAUCGAUGAGUUGGAGGAUGCCAUUGAGGAAGGAAAGGUGUCUUUGUCAUCAGGCCGAAUGAAGCGAGACGCUGAACAAAAGGGAACAUUUGAACCCGCAAACUCAGUCUGCGAGUGUGAGGAUGAAGAGUGCGAGGCGGAUGCUCAUAAGGUCCCUACGGCCGAAGAUCAUCGAUGCAUCUGCGCAUUCGAUCGCCUAACUCAUGAUGCAUGGCCAUGUCAUCCAAGGGAGGCAUGGCUGAACACGACGUGUGACUUCUGCGACGAACACAAAUUCUGCCAGAAAAAAUCGAAAAAUGGUGAAAAACAAAACAAGCAUUGUCUUUGCGAAAAGGGCGAAUCAUUUUGCAUGUUUUACGAUAGGGUUGCAAAAAUUCUAGAUCUUUGGGAUUUCUUUGGUACUUCUUUUGACUACACUGCAGAAGUGAAUGACGAUGAGAUCGAAGCGCUUGGAUUUGGGAACAUGACUGACGAAGUGGCGAUUGUGACGAAAGCCAAAGAAAAUAUUAUUUUCGCGAUGAGUGCUCUUAGCGAGCAACAAAGGAGGGAGCUGUCACAAGCAAAGCAUAACCUCAUCCAUAAAUGUUCAUUUAAUGGAAAAGCGUGUGAUAUUGACAAAGACUUUGCGAUAAUUUCUGACCCCACAUUUGGAAACUGUUUCACCUUCAACUACAAUCGAUCUGAUUUCAAGAGCAGUUUGAGGGCUGGGCCCAUGUACGGUCUUCGCGUCAUGCUGUUUGUGAAUGCUUCUGAUUAUUUACCCACAUCGGAAGCUGUUGGUGUUCGACUGACCAUACACGAUAAGGACGAGUUUCCUUUCCCGGAUACAUUUGGAUACAGUGCACCUACCGGAUACAUUUCUUCUUUUGGUAUGAGAAUGAAAAAAAUGUCCCGACUUCCGGCACCGUACGGUGAUUGCAUUGCAGAAGGUGCGACAGCUGAUUAUGUCUACAAAGGAUACAAAUACUCCACGGAGGGAUGCUAUCGAACCUGCUUUCAACAGCUGAUUAUUGAUCGAUGCGGUUGUGGCGAUCCAAGAUUUCCAUCUAUUGACAAUCAUCCACAUUGUCAAGUCUUCAACAAAGAGCAUAGGACUUGCCUAGAGAUAAGCACUCAUGAACUUGGUGACAUACAUGGAUCAUUCAAAUGCAGAUGUCAACAACCUUGCAACCAAACUAUCUACACGAUGUCAUACUCGGAAGCGAUCUGGCCUAGUCAAUCCUUGAACAUCAGUCUUGGCACCUGUGAGAAGGAGCCAGAAGUAUGCAAUGAGGAGUAUCAAGAAAAUGCAGCUAUGCUAGAAGUCUUCUACGAGGCACUGAACUUUGAAACGCUUUCGGAAUCUGAAGCCUAUGGGGUGGUGAAGAUGCUUGCCGAUUUCGGUGGACAACUCGGACUUUGGUCUGGAGUAUCAUUCAUGACUUGCUGUGAAUUUGUAUGCCUUGGUUGCGAAUUGCUCUACAUGAUUGUAAUGCAUCACUGGAAGAAGUACAAGUUCAAAAAGCAUGAAGCGGAAAAUGCGCUCUGA